AUGACUCACCCUCUUCCUCAACUAGGUGACCGGAGACUGAAAUAUCCAAUUCCUGUCAAUGUUCCUUCAACAGAACGUUGGUUCUACCCAAACAUUUCACCAGCGGCAUCUACACUACUACUUUCCAUUUUUGGUGCUCAAGAAGAUAGCUAUAUUGUUCGCUACUCUGUGGAAACUCCUGGAUGCUGCGCUCUCAUUAUAAAGAAAAAUAACUGGAUAGUUGCCAUCAAGAUUAUACACAAACAUGGUUUUUAUUGUCUGAAGGGAGGGGAGGACAGUUCAGAAAGGUUCCGUAACCUGGACAAAUUGAUGGAAUAUUAUGAUCAGAACCCUAUUUUCACCUCGAGAGGGGCCCUACACUGCAAACCAUACACAAUAAGGCAUGAGUUUAUAGCUGAUAAGUUGCCUAAGUGUACUCAACAUCCAUGGGCACCACUUUUGGUAGGGAAUAACCAAGAUGAGCUACUCUGUUUAAUUUGCUCUGAAAAAGUGGAAAGACAUAUCAUUGCGAAGAUGAAACUUGAAGGAUAUCGCAAGAUUUUCAGUUGCUUGGAUUCCGAGAACUUUUCUGUUGGUCUUCUAACAGAAAGCAGUGUAAAAUCUCUUCUCUAUGACAAAGGUGUGCCGGAAGAUGCUGUCUCCAAAAUCUGGGAGCUUGCUGAUGUAGAUGGCGACAGUUUCCUGGAUGAAGACGAGUUUUGUUUAGCCAUGUACCUUGCAGAUUUAGCACUAUCUUACAAAAUGUUGCCACAGGGUCUUCCUCCAACACUGAUGCCACCAUAUGGAGUUGAAGAAGAAAAAAAUUUACCAGAAGAGAUCCUGCAGAUGGACCAGCGCUCCAUAAGACUGUAUCGAGAGUGUCUUGAAGAUCAGGAGGAGGCUGACUAUCACAUUAGGGUGGUCGUGAUUGGUCAAACAGGGGUUGGUAAGACAACACUGACGCACAAUCUCCUGAAGCCAUCGGGAAUGAGACCAUCUGAGAAAACCAUGAGUACGGAUGGAGUUGAAAUUCACAACAGUUUUGUGUCCCUCAGUGAUAACAGCUGGAUAACAGACGACUCUGAAAUGAAGAAAGCAAACAAAUCCCAUGAUGCAAAACUGAUAAAGUUGUUUCGUAGUUCAGCUUCUCUGGAAAGUGAACCGUCAUCCACUUCCUUGGAGGUAGAUGAAGACGUAGAGGAUGACUUGACAGGUGAUGACCAGACAUAUGUAUCGCCAGAAAGUGCUUCCAAAUCUGAUGAUAUCAGCUUCACUCUUGAUGAUUCUGACACUGUUGAUGCUCCUACAGGGACAGUUACUGGAGUUAGGUCCCCUUUACAUAUUGUCACAGAUUCAUUGUCAGCAUGCAAAGAGUUUCUGCAAACAGUUCACUCGUUUGAGAAAGCAAAAUUAAGACCAAGCACUCCUGCCAUGGACCAGGGUCAAGCUAAAGGUGACCCUUUCUUCAACACUGUGAGAAAUCUUGUGAUGUCAAAUAAAGAUUCUGUUGCAGAUCUGGAAGAUUCAAACUACGGAGAACUGUCUGUAUGGGACUUUGCUGGUCAGUUUGUCUUCUACACAACUCAUCACACUUUCCUGACCCCUCGGGCGGUGUAUCUUCUUGUAACUAGACUUGAUCAAAACAUCAACGACCCUGUAGACAAUGAUCAGUGUGCUCUCGACAUCACUGGCUGCAGGGUAUUGAAAAUCAGAGAUUUAAUAUCCUAUUGGAUGAACUCUGUCCACACCUACAGCCAAAGUGCUGAGCACCUGCCACCUGUGAUACUUGUGGGAACACACCUGGACAAAGUUGAGGGAGAUGUUGAAAAGAAGACAAAAUCCUACUUUGAGGAGCUGAGGAAAUAUCUGUUGGAGAAGCCCACUUCUCGUCAUCUGAUUGACCAAGACUUUACAGUUUCAAAAACACCCAAUGAACUAGACAUUGAAUGCCUACAACAGAAAAUUGUGGAACUUGCCUCAAAGCAGAAAUACUGGGGAGAGAAAAUUCCUGCCAGAUGGAUUGCUCUGGAAAAAGUCAUGAUGGAACAAAAACUGAAAGGAGUUAGUGUACUGUCCUAUGAAGAGGUUGUAGAGCUGGACAAAAAGACCGGAGUUCCAAUCCAUGACCAAGAGAAACUUGAUCUAUUUCUUCGGUUCCAGCAUGCCAUUGGAAAUAUAAUCUACUUCAGUGAAGGAUGUCUAAGGAACCACAUAGUUCUCAAUCCACAAUGGCUAAUAGAUGCCUUCAAAUGUAUCAUUACAGCUCGUCAAUUUUGCAUUGAGAACCCAGCUUUGGUGCAGCAUUGGGAUGCCCUCAACAGCACUGGAAGGCUUCACCAGUCUAUGGUAGAAGAAAUUUUCAGAAAAGAUGCCAGGUUCUGUCCACUCAAAGAACAUGUACUGGGUCUGAUGGAACGUCUUGAUAUCUUAAGCCGCCCAUCUGUUUAUGAAGAUGCUGAAAAGAAUCACCCAACAUUACAGGAGUUCUACUUUGUGCCAUCAUUGCUGCAGGACAAACUUACCGAUUGCCUCUUGAAUCGCUACAUCUGUCGCACAAACAGAACCCCUUUUCUAUGUUUUGUCUUCAAAAACAAUUUCCUGCCACCUGCUGUGUUCCAUCGCCUCCUUGCUGCUUGUCUCUCUAAAUACCCAGUGGCAAAACAGGGAAACCAACUCCUGAUGUUCUGUGGCUGUGGCAUCUUUGAUCUGAAUCAUGGACUAACACGUCUUGUGGUGGCUUUCUAUGACAACAUCAUUCAAAUUGGACUUUUUAGAUACAGUGAGAAAAACCUUGCCCCAGAAGCUUCUCUUUGUGAAUCUGUGCAGAAAUUUGUAACAGAGACCCUGAAGCGUGUCCUUGGUCGAUACUGUAUGAACCUACCAUUCACACUGAGCUUGAAGUGUGAACAAAGUCAACUGUUGUCUAAUGAGGGCCUACUGUCUGUGGAAGACCUGACAUCAGGAGGGGACAAGAUAGUGUGUCAUGGCCAUGACACUAAAAGUCAUAUAAUCGACAGGCAGCGUCACCUACAGUCUUGGUUUCCAGAUAAGAUUCCAAGUACUGACACCAAUCUUGAUGGCAUAUGUGAUCAGUUCACAUCGGUCAGCUUUGGACACCUGGAUACCAUUCCAGAGGAUGCAGAACUCAAUCGGAUUUCUGCAAAAAUUGGGAAAGAAUUUGAAACUCUUGCUGGUUUUUUGGGAUUGGAUAAUGCAGAGAUCUUCCAGAUUCGAUCCAAUCAUCAGUUUGAUACCAGAUCACAGAUCUAUCACAUCUUAGUCCAAUGGAAACAGAAAUCAGGAAAGAACGCUACAUAUCAAUGUUUAGAAGAAGCUUUCAAAAAUUCUGACAUCAAUGUUGAUAUUCUCUCUGGACCAUAAAUCUCAGAUGAAAACGGAAAUGAGAAAGACUGCUACAUGAAUCAGUGCUAAGAAGAAGCUGAUUUUUAUUG